AAACUUUGUUUAUUUCUGUUUUGUUUUUAGCACAGAUAUAAUUUUGCAGUGCCGUUCUAUUAUGUUUACAUAACAAAUUCUGCGUGGUAUCGUUACCUUGUGAAAAUAAAAUAAUUUAAGCAACAAUAAUGCCUAAAUCAGUACUUGAAUCGGAAAUUGAAAAAGCCACAAAUGAGUGUAAUAUUUCUGAGGACUGGCAAUCUUACAUGGAUAUUUGUGAUCAAAUUAAAGCACAACCUAAUGGUCCGAAAGAAGCAUUAAAAUAUAUUAUGAAAAGAUGUUCUAAUCCAGUUCCACAUGUGGCUAUGCAAGCUCUUACUCUUCUUGCAACAUGUGUCAAUAACUGUGGUAAAUCUUUUCAUUUGGAAAUUUGUUCAAGGGAAUGGACUAAUGAUGCCAAAAACCUGAUUACCAAAAGUCACGAAAAGGUAUCACUCAAACUAAGAGAGUUAAUUAAGAAAUGGGCAGAAGAUUUUAAGAAUGAUCCACAGCUAAAUUUAAUGUGUCAAUUUCAAAAAAAGUUAAAAGCAGAUGGUUUGUUGAGUGAUUCUAUUGAGAAACCUUCAAAAUUGCCAUCAACAUCCUCAAGCAAUGAACUGAAUUUCAAAGAAGAUCUAGAUCUUGCCAUUGCUUUGUCACUUCAAGAAAGUAAUGGGAGCAAGCAAACUUCAAAAUCGACUACCAUAUACCCAACUAUAAGCCAAGCUUUGAUUCCAAAUCAAGAAAUGAAAGAAGUAUGUCGUGUGUUAGCUUUGUAUGACUUUGAAGCUGCAGAAGACAACGAGAUGACUUUUAAAGCUGGAGAAAUAUUUUCUGUCUUAGACAACAGUGAUCAAAACUGGUGGAAAGGUUGUAAUAAUCGUGGUGUUGGUUUGUUUCCUGCCAAUUUUGUUACUACAGAUCUAUCUGCACUUCAAAAAGAACAAACUGAAAAGAAAAAAGUUAGGUUUGUUGAAGACUCUGCAGUUCAAGUAGUGAAGCCUGAUCCCAAAGAAGUUAUGAAAGGAAGACCUCAAACUAAUAUCAGUCAAGAACUUCUGGAUCUUACUUUGAGUAUGUUAAAAAAUGCCUCUCCAAAUGAAAUUGAUGAAGAAGAAGAAACUAUUUCAAAUAUGGAAAUGCGCUGCAAAGAAAUGGGAUAUGCUAUUGAAAAGAAGAUUAUUGAAUGUCAAAGAAAGAAGGAUGACCUUAAUGACUUAAAUAGUAAAUUUUUGCAAGCCAUUUCUAUUUACCAACAGCUAAUGAAAGAACCGAUGGUUACUGCACAACCAUCAUAUCAAAUGCAGCAAUCUUAUUCUGAGGCACCCUAUCAACAAUUUGUUGCUCCCCAGAUGGCAUCGGUUUCAAAUAAAGUGUUUCCAGCACAACUUAAAUCGGAUAAUUUUUCUUCUCAAUCGGAAGUAGAACGUCAACAGCAAGCUCUCUAUACUCAACAGCAACGGCAACAACAGCAAUUAAUUCAACAACAAUACCAAGAACGAACUUUAUCAAACAUACCACAGCAAUAUCAAGCGCAUGUCUAUGAUACCUCCCAAAUAUCUUAUGUACAAACACCUACGGUUUAUUACGAUUCCAUAAACUAUCAACAACCUUCAAAUGGGUAUGCCACUUAUGAUGGCAGUUAUCCAGUAACUAGUUACAAUCAAACUCCAGUUUAUCAUUAAAGACUAGUGUUAAUGAGUCUCGUUAUUUUCUUUAAUUUCGAGUAAUUCAUCUCUUCAAUUGGUUUUGAUAAUGUUUCAAACAAGCUGAAACUUAUUAAAAUGUUGUGUGUGUUUAUUUCGUUAUGUAUAUAAUUUCAAUUAAUGUUAUAAUUAAUAUAAUAUGGUAUAAUUCUAAUAGAAACUUCUCGGAAAUUAUCCUUGUUAAUAGAGUCUUGUAUAAACAUUAGAAUAAUAUGUAAACUCUUUGUUAUCGAUUUCAUUCUAAUGAUAAAGAAUUCAUGUAA